CAAUUAUUUCCAAUCGGUUCAAGGAGUACAUGCUGCAGACAUGCAUUUGCAAACCGGUGACACAAGCUCGAAUCACAACGCGCUAUAAUCGGUUGCUAAUCAUGAUGUUAUCCCAUGUUUGGUUAGUUUUUUUUUCUCUCCCAACCAGGACUUCGUGACAUCGCGGCAGAGUUGGAUGAUCCGGUGGCAAAUGGCGUGUAAUAUGAACUACACUGCACAGAGUGCCGGAGGAAGCAGCUCAUAAACAAACUUCGAUCGCUGUCAGUGCUUGAAAUUUUCUAUGCAAGUUCCUAGUUUCGACACCGUGUCAUGGAUACAUUAGGCGCAUCAUCAACUUAUUCACAUCGGCACGAACCAAGUGCCCUCUCCUAUGCCUCCGAAAGCCGUGCAUCUAAUGUCUGGCAGAAGAAGGCUUAUCUCGUUGCAACGUUAAGGAAGAAGCUUGCUUAGGACAUGAGUCGCGCACAUCAUUUGUGUUUCAAAUCUCGUCCCGGACGGAUUGGUAGUUUUGACAGUGGAAUUGAUUUGCGCGCGCGAUCGCUGGUAGUAGUUCUUCCGUUGGGCAUACUAAUGUGCCCUCCGAAAUUCGUGGAGCGGUAGUGUCUGUUUGGCUUUCGAUCUCAAGUUUGAAAAGUGAAUGAAGUGCUCAAGUGCUUGACGAAAUUUUAUGCUACGGUUUGGAGGAGAUGUCUAAUUACGUUUACUGUUAGUGAUAGCGGCGUUUGCAGAACCUUAAUUGAAUUCACAAUCCGAUGGUGGCGUGGCAUUGGAGAUGGGAAAAUAAUACGGCGAAAAAGCGUGAACUUGUGUCGAAGAAGCGGAUAAUUAAAUGGCUUGUUAGAGAAGUGAUGUAUUUGAGAAGUGUCAGAGGUGUAUGGUAUAUGGUGAUUAGAAUGGAUAUGAUACAUUGUGAAGAAAUAUUUUAAUUAUUCUCAUAACUAUUCAAACGAUGGUCGAUAACGUUACAGUAAUGGAUAGGAGAAAUAUCAGUUUGGUUCCAAGAAAACCCUUCAUAUCGCGCAAGCAUUUCGCGUUCCUAAUCGGCACCACCGUGGCAUGCCUCUUCACAAUUAUCUCGGUGCUACAGUCAAAUCAAAGCGAUCUCAGGACGUUGGAAGAGCGGCUUCCGCAUCCACUCAGUCUCACCGAAAACGUUCGGGUGCUAUGCUGGGUUAUGACCACCCCUGCGAAUCACGAGACAAAGGCACUUCAUGUGAAGCGAACCUGGGGUCGAAGGUGCAACAAACUGCUGCUGAUGAGUUCCACCGAAGAUGAGAAAGUUGGAACGGUUGCGCUUCCGGUUGGCGAGGGGAGGCAACAUUUGUGGAACAAAACGAGGGAAGCGUUUCGUUAUGUGUACGAGCAUCACCUGAAUGAGUACGACUGGUUCAUGAAGGCGGAUGAUGAUACGUAUGUCAUCGUCGAGAAUCUAAGGUACUUUCUGUACCCAUACUCACCGGAGUUUCCGAUUUACUUCGGAAGUAAGUUUCGAUACCCGGAGUAUGUUAGCCAGGGAUAUUUCUCUGGUGGAGCAGGUUAUGUGCUAAGUCGGGAGGCUUUGAAGCGGUUUAUCGAGCAAGCUUUGGACGAUUCAGCGCACUGUUCGACAGCAUAUGAAACAGAGGACUUAGAAAUGGUUUUUAUUUCAGGAAAGUGCAUGGAAAGCGUUAACGUCACCGCGGGUGACUCCCGUGAUUUUUUCGGCAGGAAACGUUUUCUACCAAUGGAACCGGUUUUCCAUCUAACAUCCAAUCCCGCGGAGGACCCCAAUUUUUGGUACAAUUACUACUCGUUUUAUGAACCGUUCUACGGUGAAAACUGUUGCUCAGAUCUCGCCAUCAGCUUCCACUAUGUUGGGGGCCAGCAGAUGUACGCAAUGGAUUACAUGAUUUAUGGACUGCAUCCUUACGGGAUCAGAUAUAACAACCCGGAGCUGCCACCGAAGAAGAACUGGGAGGAAGCGAUGAUUGUGGCGGGUCCUUACCCGGCAACAACAACACCCAAAAGCACGACGUUGGCGGAUGACUCUACUACUGCUGAGAUUAAUACUGAAGUUAGCGAUGAUACCAGUAGAUAUCCAGAAAAUUCUUCUGAGAGCACCAAUACACAAACGAAUGAUUUAGGAAUUAGUCAACCGUACAACACAGUUACGACUGGAUUGGAACAAACAUUCGAAUCUUCAUCAGUGAGUGACAAGAGUGAGAGAACGGCUAUACAGAAUGUAUAAUCAUCGAGAAAUAUAUUUCAAUAGUUUUAUACGAAUAAAAAUGCUCUGAUACAAAUUCGAUAGUACAAAGAAUUAAUCAUAAUCCCGUUUUACUCGGGAUUUUCAAACAAAUCAUUCAUUACAUUUACUUAUCGUUUUUGAGGGCCAAAUUUCACUUGUUUACCGUAUUCUACACUCGACAAAAAAAUUAGAGGAACGGAGUACGAAGUCGGAAAUUUUGAGUGAUUUUUGACAUACUGUAACUUCGUGAAAAAUCAACGCAUAUCGAUGGAAUGCGCAUCAUUUUGAAGCUACAACUUUUACAUACAUAUUUUUAUCUCGGUGUGUGUACGUGUAAUGGGCAACAAUAUCGCGAAGAAUUGAAAAAUCGAUUUUUCUUUGUAUUUUCAAGAAUAUUUUGACUAACACAAUUUUUUGCAUACCAUCUCAACAGCAAAUCCAAUUAACCUUAUCAACCAGCUUUUAUUUGGUUCCCAGAAUGUUCCUUUUGGACCUUCCCACACCGAGAUAUUUCAGUUUGAAUGAAAAAUUACCCUUUGAUGACCCUUUGAUUACUCUUUAAUGAUGAAUAAUUCAAUAAACAACCAUCGCACCGCAAAUCGAAAGGCAGUUUUGAAAAAUCCAAUGAAUUUUGUACAAGGAUAAUAUGUUACUUCGACAAAAAAAUAUAUAAAUUAUUUGCAUCGAUUUUAAAAAAGUGCCAAAAACAGGAUUUUUAUAACGCACUAGCU